CAAACGGCAUGUCGCAUCACUGGAGAUUUGCCUCCUUAUCCCAAACCAGAAGCUCGCUCACUGGUCAGGAAGCGCGAAACACUCCGGCCUCCACAGCUGAGUCGAAAAGCCAUGUUCCUCCUUCCCUCCACCUCCAAGCUUUGCUCUUUCCACCCUCCAAACUCUAUCCCUACGCGCCUACUCCCUUAUACUCGUCCCCAAACACUCCGAAUCCUCGGCGCCAAGAGGGCCGGCAAGCGGAGGUACCCGUCGGAGAAGAAGGAGCUGAAACUGAAGCAUAAGGAAAUCGCAGGGGACGUCAAGAACAAGUACGAGGGCAUCUGGAGGCUGUCCAAGCUCGGCGUCUCCGUCGACAAGGACCCGGGAAAGGACUUUCUCGGCGUCUCCGAUGGCUUGCUUGAACAGAUUGCCAAAGUGCUCGAAUUUCCGGUUCCUUCGAUGCUGCCGACGGAGGCGUUCACGGUGGUUCGGAAAUCUUUUGAUGCAAGGAAGAGGCUGAAAGAACCGAAAUUCGUAUACAUUGUGGAAAUGGAUGUCGACAAACUUCUGAGUCUCGAGCCUCGUGCUUGGGACUUCAUAUCUGAGUUGGAGCCGAAAGUUGGGCUAGUAGAACACAUGCCUGAAGCUAGAAAAUCUGGAGAUUUGAUCAAUAUAAUACAGGACUUUAAGAAAGUCCAUCAAGGUAUAGUUUCAAGAGGAAGUGGCAAUAACAGGAGCAAUGGGUCUGAAGGAUCACACGCGCAUCCCACAGCUACAAAACCGAAAAUUGCGGUGGUGGGUAGUGGACCAUCAGGGCUGUUUGCCGCCCUUGUUCUUGCAGAAUUUGGUGCAGAUGUUACGUUACUAGAAAGAGGUCAGCCCGUUGAACAGAGGGGCCGCGACAUUGGCGCUCUGAUUGUCCGCCGGAUGUUACAAACAGAAAGCAAUUUUUGCUUUGGGGAGGGUGGUGCAGGUACCUGGAGUGAUGGAAAGCUGGUGACAAGGAUUGGAAGAAACAGUGGCAGUGUUUUGGCGGUUAUGGAAACGUUAGUUCACUUUGGGGCUCCCGAAGGAAUCUUGGUUGAUGGAAAGCCUCAUCUGGGAACAGAUAGAUUGGUUCCAUUACUUCGCAAUUUUCGGCAACAUCUGCAACAGCUGGGUGUUACCAUAAAGUUUGGGACUAGGGUAGACGAUCUCCUUGUAGAUAAGGCACAAGUUGUAGGUGUCAAAGUUUCUGAUUCAGCUGACAGACAGUCUAAUAGUCAGAAAUGGGAAUAUGAUGCUGUUGUUCUAGCUGUUGGGCAUUCUGCACGCGAUUUUUACCAAACACUUCUAUCUCAUAACAUAGACUUGAUCCCGAAAGAUUUUGCUGUUGGCUUGCGUAUUGAGCAUCCUCAAGAAGUAGUAAACAGCUUACAGUAUUCUGGAUUGGCAACUGAGGUUCGCAGAGGACGUGGUAAAGUGCCAGUGGCAGAUUACAAGGUUGCCAAAUAUGUUAGUGGAAAGGAUGGGGAAGAACCUUCAGGGGCAACAAGUCGUAGUUGCUAUUCCUUUUGUAUGUGUCCUGGUGGUCAGGUUGUUCUCACUAGUACAAAUCCAUCUGAAAUCUGUAUCAAUGGCAUGUCAUUUUCUAAACGUGCGUCAAAGUGGGCAAAUGCUGCACUUGUUGUAACAGUCUCAGCGAAAGAUUUUGAUGUAUUGAAUCUCCGUGGACCUCUUGCUGGGGUUGAGUUUCAGAGGGAAUUUGAGCAAAGAGCAGCUAGAAUGGGCGGGGGAAAUUUUGUGGUGCCAGUGCAGACAGUUACGGAUUUUAUGGACAAUAAGUUGUCAGUGACUUCUGUGCCACCAUCAAGUUAUCGAUUAGGAGUGAAGGCAGCAAAUCUCCAUGAGAUUUUCCCCAUUCAUAUAACAGAGACAUUGCAGCAUUCACUCUCUGUGUUUGACAAAGAGUUACCAGGUUUUAUAUCCAAGGAGGCCCUUCUUCACGGAGUGGAGACUAGGACUAGCUCACCCAUCCAGAUUCCCCGCGACAAUGAUACUUAUGAGAGCACAUCGUUGAAAGGUCUCUACCCUGUUGGUGAAGGAGCAGGUUAUGCUGGAGGGAUUGUGAGUGCAGCUGUGGAUGGCAUGUACGCUGGUUUUGCAGUGGCAAAGAAUUUUGGUUUGUGUAAUGAAGGCAUCGAGUCAAUUUUGGGCAAGGCUCGGAGUGCUGGAUUUUUGGAGUACUAGAAGCAUAGUUGGUGUUUCUUAAAGUUGGUUCGGAGUGCCCAACAACACAAGCUCGAUCAUCUACAUUGGAGAGCUGAGCUCGAUAAGAUUUCCUGUUCCGUCAAUGAUUCAAACUCCUCAGUAGAGUAAUCCAAUUGAUGGGUUUGGAUGAAGAUUGUUGGAAGAACGCAGUUUUGACAUUUGCAUCCCAUCAGAGACUGGUUUAUAUAUGAUUUAAUUUGGAUAUAUUGCUAACAUGACAUUAACAUAGCUGGAUCUCUAGCCACGAGGCACAUUUCAAUCAAGCAACAUGAACUCGGGAAGAUUCCUGUAAGAUUUUGUAGAUCUGAAUAUAUCAGAUUACUUGAUCAGAAAGCUAACUAUUUGUUGUUUAUCAUGCUAUACAUUGUUUGUACACCCCCAGCCAAGUUUUAGUGUGGACUGUGGAGUUUGUUUUCUUGUUUUUUAA